UAUUUAUUGACGAAAGGUAAAUAAUUCAUCGUGGCGCGGGCAAAAAACCUAUAAAUAUAUGCCCCUAAAGCCCUAGGUCUUAUAUCGAUACCAAUCUAAUCGAAGCAAACGGCGCGAUGGGAGUUUUCACUUUUGUCUGCAGGGAAACCGACGGCGCGUGGUCGGCUAAGCAACUCAACGGCGAUCUCCACGCGUCGGCCGACGAACGAUUCGAUCUUGAGCGCAAGCUCGUCCAUGCCGUUGGCUCCUCCGGCGCUGUUCAGAGUUCCUUCUCCUAUGUCACCCCUUCCUCAGGCGUUUUUCAGGUGAUAGUUGGUGGUGCCGCCUUUACCCCAGAAGCUUCGAGCGGUGAUGUGGUGGCAGAGAAAGAGGACAAAGAUAAAGAGAAGGAGAAGGACGAAGAGAUUGAGGAGGAAGAAGACGAUUUAAUUAUCAACAUUUUUGAUUAGGGUUUAGUAGUAAAUAACUUUAGUUUUUCAGUUGUGUUUCCUUCCAAGUAGUUUUGCCUUUGAAAAAUUUUGAAUCUUAGAAAUUACUUCUGCUUUUGCCUCGUAUUUGAAUUUCCGAUGACUUUGUUUGAAAUAGAUAAUGAUUUAUUUGUU